AUGCAAACAUUUCCUCAUGAUCCAGCUUUACUUUUAUGUUCAAAUAUUUCAAUUGAACGUUUUUCACAAAUUGCACAUCAAGAACCAUGUCAACCACAACCAACCGAGUUAAAAAACGGUAUAUUUCCUUUAAGAAAACAAGGAAAACAUUCGAGGUCAUUCCAUGAGCAACAUUAUUUUAAAAAGAUUGCAACUGGAGAGUUUAUUAGACGUAAAUGGUUAUCUUAUUCUCCAACGGAGGAUAAACUUUAUUGUAUGGUGUGCAUACAAUUUGGCACAACAGAUGGAAAAUCUAACCAACUUGCUAGGUGUGGUUCAAACGACUGGAGACAUAUUUCUUUUAAACUUGAUAAUCAUGAAUCAUCACCAAACCAUUUGCAGUCAGAGGUUAGAAAAGUAAUGUAUUUGAGUAAUCAAAGAGUAGAUUUAAAAUCUUUACAAAACUCUAAUACCAAAGUUGCUGAAAAUAGAGAGAUUGUAAAAGUAAUAUUAGAAGUGUUACUAUAUCUCGCUCGUCAAAAUUCAUCUUUUAGAGGUCAUGAUGAAUCUUGGCUAUCUAAAAAUCAGGGAAAUUUUCUUGAAUUAAUUAAGCUUUUUGCUAAACAUAAUGCAUUACUUUCUUCUCAUAUCGCUACACUUGAAUUUGCCGAGAAAAAAAAAUCGAUUGACUUUUUUAUCUAA